AUGUCGUCGAUAUCCGUCUAUAUCGGACACUCUGGCCAGCGCCUCGUCCUCGACCCCAGCCUGACCACCUCCCUCGAGCAGCUCAAGUCAUGGAUCGUCAACCAGGCCGGCAUCCAGCAGCGCAGCCAGAUCUUGCUUACCGCCCAGGGCAAGCAAGUCCGCACGCAGACCUUAUUGACCGAGAAUGAGCUAUUCGUCUUCGACUCGAGCUUGCUCAACGGCAAGAAGGCAACCAGUCCUUCCAAAGACCUCACCCAAAGCGUCGACAGCACAGACUUCCAACCGACUGCAGCGCCGGACCUCCCUUCGAACCAGACCGAGAUAGAGUUAUGGCAGAACCUAUUCAGAUUGAGAAAGAAUUGGGCGGCAGAGCUAUUGAAUGGAUGUAGCACGCGGGCGAAACAGGCGCAGCAAUACCAGGAUGAACAGCAUGUUAUUGAGCGGAGUCUGGCGGUGGCGGUGGCCAGUCUGCAGCAACAUAUCAAGACGGCGGAGAAGCAGUAUGUUGGAGCGGCGGACUGGUCGAACGAAUUUCUGGGAGAACAGCAGGGCCAUGUCGAUGGAUGGGAACACAACCUGGGCAGCCUGCGAAGCAUACCUGCGAGAGCCGACUUUUCGCGAUUCAUCCAACCUAUGACUCCUCCGUCUGGCUCGAGGCGUAACUCUCAACACAACAUCAACACCCUGCAAGGGUUUGUCGAUGUUGUGAGCGUGAAGCAAGCUGCAAAUGGAGCCAAGUCUGUCCUUAAUGCCUUAGUCGGAAAAGUUGACAACGCGCGAGAUGAUCUGGACUCCGUCACGAGAAGCAGCAACGAGCUCUUUGAAGCCGUGGAACAGAUCAACAACCGAUCGAUGGCCGAAAGCUCUUCUGAGCCCGCUCAACUGAUGCAGGAGAUCCACCUAGUUGUUACCAAGAUGGCAUCUGACUCGGAUCAUGUACAGUCUUUGGUCAGGAACCAACCAAACAUGAACUCAAUCUCGAAGAUGGGUGCCCUCCACGCCAGGAACUACAUUCCAAAUCUUGUCGACUACUGCGGCGAGGUGAAUGAGUUUGUCCAUCGAGCCAGACAAAAGCGAGACAGUGCCGCCGAGAUAUCACUGGAGCAUAUGCGAACUUUGGCCGAGGUCGAAUCCCAACUUGCAAAGUUGUACUCCGAGAUGAAGGAGAUCGAUGUCUCUGAAGAUCAAGCCAAGACCUUUCAGACCCUGUCCAUCAUAUCACGACUUCCCUCAGUAUACGGCCAGCUCUUGAUUGAGUCUGUGAGGCGGCGAGAAUGGGUUGCGAAGAUGAAUCGUGACUCGGCGACCCUGCAAGAAGAGGUCGCCACGUACCAGGAAGAAGAGGACAAGCGAAGAAAGAAGUGGAUGAGGACUGUCGAUGAUGUUGUCUCUCCGGACGCCUUGCAGAGUCGAGUGCUUGGAAUCGAGCUUGCGUUGCAGAAUGAAGGCGGCAGCUGGCCCAUGACCACUCGUGACGAGCUUACUGAGUAUCUGAAUGCCUUACUCAGUGUCUUCGGGCAGGGACCUGUUACAGACGAGAUUGAUCAAGCCAUUCAGGAUCUUGACAAGCCAACUCGGAAGCAGAUCAAACACGCAAAGGCUUUCAAGAACGGCAGCAUGCACGAGGCAGCCUUUGGAGAUACGUCUUUGCUGUUGCGUGGCGAUGAGCAGUACAAGACUCUUCGCGAAAGCAAUGCAAGGCUUGAGGAAGACCUUCGAGGGCAGAAGAGUCGUGUCAGAAAACUCGAGGACCUGCUGCACCGCCAGACUCAGAUGACUCGAGCGAGUACCGGCGAUGUCUUUACACCGACCAGCGAGGGUGCUUUGCCUAAUCGCAUCUCCACUCCACCGGUUGCGCCUUCGGAUGAUACGUCAAGAAACAACUCUUUGAGCAAGCAAAGGAGGCCGUCCCUCGCCCAGGCGCAGGGCGUCGAGGAGAAGCGGCUUGCUAAACGCGUCGUUGAUCUCGAGGCAGAGCUGCAGUCGUACAAAGAUGAGGUCGCGUCCCGCAAGAACUCUGACGCAGAAUUUCAGAAGCAGGUCGAAGAGGCGACUUUGACGAAGAAAGACCUCAUGGAGAACAUGGAGGCUCAACAACGCGAGUUUGCUGAUGUACGGCGCAGCCUGGAGCAUGAGCUGGCAGAAGCAAAGGAGAAGAUUGAGGAAUGUGAGAACGAGAUCGAACGCCUCGCUGGAUCAAGGGAAGGCAUCGACGAUGAGAUGAUACGGCUGAAGGAAGACGCCGCUGGACAUGCUGCCAGAGCUGCUACCGAGCACGAUGCUCGCAGUGCUCUGGAGCGUAGAGUUGAGAUCGCUGAAGCGGCGAAAUCACAGACUGAGCAGGAGAUGCAGAAGAUCCUACGCGAGCAGGAACAGAGACGCGAAUCGGAGACGGAGCAUAUUCAAAGUCUUGCCUCUGCUCACGCACACUUGUCUCCUGAUGCAGCAUCACCGGAUGGGCUCGUUGGUUUGGCCGCAGCUCUUGAGGAGCUUGCCCAGAAGUCUGCUGCGCACGUGAAAGAGCUUGAAGAAGCGGUUGCAUAUGCGAAGACCGAGAAUGCCUCUUUGUGGGCAAGCAACGAUCGACAAAAGACCGAAUUGGCGACCGCUGCUGAGAAGCAGACUGAAUCAGAAGAGCAAGUUCGUGAGGCUCAAGAGAAGCUGGGUGCUGAAGAAGCGAAGGCCAAGGAUCUGGAAGAGCAGCUCGCCAAUGAACAGGAACAGCUACGAAUGCUUCGCAGCAAGUUCGCGGAGGGUGAGACCGGGUCUGAAGUACUUCGCCAAAGGGUCACCGAUGAGGAAACCAAGACCAAGAAGCUUUCUUCUGAACUCGCGGAAGCCAAGUCGCAUAUUAACAGUCUCGACAUUGAGCUCAUGCGACUGCAAAAGAAGCACAAGGUCUACCAUACCAACGCCGAAGCAUCUGCAGAACGACUGCAAAAGCGAGCAGAGCGGGCCAAGGAGGUGUCGCAGAGACUAUACUCCCAGAAUAUGAGACUUGGUCGACUGUUGGAACGUCUUGGUCUGGUCAUUUCGUACCAGGACGAUAACAAGAUGACGAUUGAGCGUGCGUCGAAGAUGGCUGCCAGUACCACAAUCAUCGAUCCUCACACACACAUGAGCCGACAGAUCUCUGUUACUUCGCCGCCACCUACGAGGAAGCCUUCAACAACCGAGACUGAACCUCCUGCGGAUUUGAGACUCCUUCACUGGCCGGAUUCCCAGACUGCCGAGGACGAGACUGCUCAAUUCGAAGCCUUCCUCAACCACGUCUCACGCUUCGACUUGGACGUGUUCGCUGAUGCAGUCACGAAGCGGGUCAAGGACUUCGAAUAUACCGCCAAGAAGUACAGCAAGGAGGCGAAAGAAUCGACGAAGCGGGCUGAUGCGUAUAAAGAGCGUGCUGUCAAGCUCAGAAGCGAAGCUCAAGCUAAGAUUGCAGUGCGAGACUUCAAAGACGGUGAUCUUGCACUCUUCUUGCCGACAAGGGGUGGUCAAGUCAAGGGUGCCUGGGCUGCUUUCAACAUUGGAUGUCCUCACUAUUUCCUGGCCGAAAGAGAGGGCAUGCGAUUGGGCACUCGAGACUUCAUUGUGGCCAGAAUACAAAAGGUGGAGCAGAAGGUGGUGGAUCUCAGUGGGCAGCGUUCCAACGCUAAUAACAUCGCUGCUGAUGGGAGGAGUAUCGACGAGACGAGUGACGCCCCUUCAUCUAUGCAAGUCGAGGACGACAAUCCGUUCGACUUGUCUGAUGGGCUGACGUGGUGGAUGGUGCAUGCCGUGGAAGAACGAGGAGCCGGGGCAGCACCAACGACACCUGGCCUAGGCAAGUCUACCGUUGCGGCUGCCAACGUCGAUGCAAAAGGCAGUCUUCGCGCCAAAGGUAGUGGUAAGAGCGGUGAUGCCAGCAAGCAUCUUAACAAGAGCUUGGACAGUCGUCGCAGUAGCUCCACGUCUAAGAAGGGUGUCGCGGGCGUGACUCCAACGACAGCCGUCACACCAAAUGCUGAGGGCAAUCGACAGCGAUCGGAAAGCCAGGCAUCGUCCAUCGGCCAGCAACCUCGCCCCCUCCCUGGCCCCCCAGGCACAACCGGUCUAGGCAUCUCCUCGCCCACCACCGCCGAACAUCCCCUCCAACAACACCAAGAAGCCAAAGCCGACUUUGAAGAACCCCAACACGAACAGGUGCGCCAAGACCUCUCAUGGCAACUCAAUGAUCCCGCAUCAGAAUUCUAA